AUGUCCGCUUUCACCGUCGCCGCCCGCACGACCGUCGCCGCCCGCGCGACCGUCGCCUCCUCCGCGAACCGCCGCUCCGUGCGCGCGGCCGCGGAGCCGGAGCAGAAAUCUUCCGGCGGCGAGGUCUUCUUCACCGACAAGAACGGCGACGGCCAGCGCGCCACCCCCGAGGAGUACGAGGCCGCGAAGGCCGCGGGCAACACGUACCAGGCGUCCACCGUCACCGGCGACCUCCCGGAGUGGGCCGCGGGCGCGACCGCGGACUCGGACAUCUCCCUCUCCCUCGGCGACGCGUUCGCGUUCGCCCAGGUCCCGGCCGCGACCAACUUCGUGGCGUCCGGCCCGGAGCUCAUGAACGGCCGCCUCGCGAUGAUCGGCUUCGUCGCCGCCCUCGGCUGCGAGAUCGCCACCGGCGAGACCGUCGGCCAGCAGGUCGCGCAGUCCCCGGUCGGCGUCGCCGUCGUCACGAUGCUCAUCGUCGGCGGCACGCUCAUCUCCUACUGCAGCAACACCAAGCCGCCGGCCGCGGGUCCCUUCAACCAGCAGAAGGAGCUCCUCAACGGCCGCGCCGCGAUGGUGGGCAUGGCGUCCCUCCUCGCGUUCGAGGCCGUGAAGGGCGUCGCGCUGUUCUAA